GGGUUUGUUUCAGACAAUUUGGUCAUUUGUUGAUUUAAUCUGUUUUUUUUGUUUGUUUUGUUUUGUUUUUAUCGUUGUCGUUUAUUUUUUUUAAAUCAGAGCAAAAGGGUCAGAGAGCGAUUCCGGUCCGCUGCGCUUUUACGCAUCAGGAGGAGAACAGGUGCACUGCUGCCGAAAGAUAGGAACGCAAAAGGCAAGGGCAGAAAAUAGUUUAAAAAAAUACAUCUGAUAAACAGGAGAAAAAGAAAAACAGAGAGGGAGGAAAACAGGUUAGAGAGAAAAGGAGAGAGAGAGAGAGAGAGAGAGAAAGAGAGAAACACCCCCUGGAGAAAUAGUUCAGAGAGCCGGCCCCCGGCCCGAGAGAAGGAGAGAGAGAGUGAGGGAGUGAGGGAGUGUUUUAAAGCCGGCAGGAGGCAUGAUGUCCUACAUUAAGCAGCCCCAUUACGCCGUGAACGGGUUAACGCUGUCCGGCCCGGGCAUGGAUCUGCUACACACCGCAGCCGUGGGAUACCCCAGUACGCCAAGAAAGCAGCGUCGGGAACGCACCACCUUUACGCGUGCGCAGCUGGACAUCCUGGAGGCUCUGUUUGCCAAAACCCGAUACCCAGACAUCUUCAUGAGGGAGGAGGUGGCUCUCAAGAUCAACCUGCCUGAGUCUAGAGUUCAGGUCUGGUUUAAAAACCGCCGUGCCAAAUGCCGCCAGCAGCAGCAGCAGAGCACCGGCCAAUCCAAACCCAGGCCUCCUAAGAAGAAGGCUUCCCCGGCCAGAGAAGCGCCCACAGAGGCCAGUGCCAACCCAACCAAUGGACCCUACAGCCCUCCGCCCCCUCCUCCAGGCACAGCCAUCACUCCCAGCUCCAGCUCCGCCAGUGCCACCGUCUCCAUCUGGAGCCCGGCCUCCAUCUCCCCGUUGCCGGACCCUCUGUCAGCCUCCACCACCCCCUGCAUGCAGCGCACCACCUACCCCAUGACCUACACCCAGGCGCCGGCCUACAGCCAGAGCUACGCCGGCUCCUCCUCUUACUUCACCGGCCUGGACUGCAGCUCCUACCUGUCCCCCAUGCACCCGCAGCUGUCGGGCACCGGAGGGGCGCUGAGCCCCAUCACGGCCUCCUCGAUGGGAGGGCCCCUCAGCCAGUCCCCCGCCUCGCUCUCCUCCCAGGGGUACACAGCAGCCUCGCUGGGCUUCGGAGCCGUCGACUGUCUCGACUACAAAGACCAAGCUGCCUGGAAGCUCAAUUUCAAUGCCGCUGACUGUCUGGACUACAAAGACCAGAACUCCUGGAAGUUCCAGGUCUUGUAAAUAACAGCGGGUUCAAACAGCGGGGGGAGAAUAAAAAGAGGUGGGGAAUCAAACAAACAAAAAAAAAGAAGUAGUGUGAAUAACCCCCAUAUUACUGUUGGUGUUUGAGUAGAGGACAGAGAGCUGGGGACAUAGAGACAUUAGCUGAGGGACAAAUCAGCUAAUGUUACAGAAAAGGAGAAUAAAAGAAGUAUGGAAGUUGAUCUGUUAAUGCUUGAGUUUUUUCUUUCUUGGACUAUCGGGUUUCUAUGUGUGUUUUUAAGAAACAUAAAUGUCAGCCUUCAACUGAGGCCACAUGUAAGGAAUACAAGACUUAUGUUGUAUAGCUACAAUAAAAUCUAAUUAGUUACACCAGAGUGUUAAAAACAGGCGUUGAUUAGAAAUAAUAAUAAAUAACAGUAAUAAAAAAAAGAAGAAGCAAUCAUUUCAACUGGUUGUUGAUGUAAUCUGAAAUCAGCACCUCUAAUGGAAACAAACCCGAAGCAGAUCUAGAUUUUAUUUUUAUUUUUAACCUACACAAAUCUGUACCUCCAUUUUUUAAUUUAUCUGCCUGAUUAACAAUCUAAGAAAUGGGACUUGGUCAAGAAAAGAACUGUGGGGUUGUCAUAGUUACGAUGGCUAACAGGAUAGCCACUAGUCCAGAAACAAGAGGGGACCUAAAUGUUUCCAAACAGCCUUUUGGGAAGAGUUGGCUUUUCCAGAGACUGCAGUACAAACCUGGACAUUGGACAUUGUUUGUUCAACAGGAUCACUUCCACGCAGGGUGAGCAGCUACAGUCUCACUGUGAUGCCCACUCCCCUCACUUCAGCUGCCUGAGAGAAGCAGUUCUUGAAUUUGCUGCUCUGGUGGACAGCUUGGCUGGAGAGAA